AGGCAGUUCAGUCUUGUAGGCAUUCGCAGUCGGUUCUCCUGAUGCGACAUGGCCCGCCGGGGAAGAGGCUUUUUGGUGCUGGUUCUCUCGGCUCUCGGUUGUGUCGCUUGGUGGAGCCGAGAUCUCACCAAUUUCGUUGGUUCCCCAAGUACCGUUCUCGGUUCGAGUCGUGAUGCCGCCCUUCAGCAGUUGCCGCUGCGCGCUGAGUCAGAGACUCUCGAGGUGCCACAAGAGCUGAACCCAGUGGAGGAGGUUUUGGCUGGUGUGAGUGUAGCUUUUUCGCUACUGUCCAAGGCCAUCGCUUGCAGUGCCAUUGUGGGCACUGGGCCUCUUGUUGGACUUUGGUCAUGUGUCGCCUUGGGCUUCGCCAGCAUUGCGGGCAUGCGUCCUGGUGUGGUGGCGGGCGCUGCAGCGGUGAUAGUGGUGCCUUUAGGUGCUUUCACAGCACAACAUGGUCUCGGCCUAGUGCCUCUCGUUGUCCUGCUUGCAGCAUUGAUUCAAUUUUCGGCUGGGGCAGUAGGCUUUGCUAGAGCCGUGGAUUUGGUCUCCAAAGAGGUGCUAGCUGGAUUCCUCAAUGCACUAGGCCUUGCACUGCUUCUGUCGCAGUCUGGCGCCCUCUCCACGCCAGAGGCCGCUGGCCUGGCCUUGAUUUGUGCUGGAAUCACGCUCUUCCUGCCAUCGGCACCAGUUCCAUCAUCGCUCGUGGGUCUUGCCGUGGCAUCCGCCGUAGGGGCCGUAUUGAAUUUCGAUGUGCCAACACUGGCGACAAAGGCGAAAGAUCCAAUGGCUUUUGCGGGUGGCUUGGCAGCUUUGCCUCAGUUCCAGUUGCCUCAGCUGCCUUCCAUGGAAGACAUCUCAAUCGCACUUCCUUGUGCUGUGUCUAUUGCAUUCAUUUCGCUUUUGGAGACCCUGCUUGCGGCUCGUGUGGUGGAUGACCGCAAAUGCGAAGAACUUUGCACCUUUUUCUACGAUGAAAAUGGAGAGUUGGUCAUCACCGGUCCCGACGGAAAGCCAGCACCGGUUGAUGUGCCUACUUCAACAGUCCUGUCCCUGGCUGCCGGCAAUGGCUUGUCAGUCUUAUUUGGUGGCUUUGGAGGCUGUGGCUUGGUUCCUCAAACGGUCCUCAAUCUGAACUCAGGUGGUGGUGGCUUCAUUUCCGUCGCGGCCUAUGCUGCAUCAAUGGUGCUUUUUGCUCUGGUUUUGGCACCCAUUGUGGGGCAGAUCAGCGUGCCCGCCUUGGCUGGCAUCAUGGUUGCCGUGUCAUUAGACACAAUGCAGUUUGGGCCUACGCUGGAUGCGGCAAAGGCGGCCUUAGCUGGGGAGGAGGGUUCCCGUAUCCGGUUCGGAGUGUUAGUCGCAACAGCAGUCCUUUGCUAUGAAGUGGACUUUGCUGUGGGCAUCGUCAGCGGUGUUCUUCUUGAUCGAGCCACCAGCCCAGGAGGCAUUUUCAGUGAGAACAAGGCGGCGGCCUAGGUGAGGAAUGAUCAGUGAGAAGCCAAGUUUGCGCCCUUUUGUUUUCCAUUGAUUUUCCGCAGCUUUCGGGUUGCGAUUGAAUGCAAUUACUGUGUCAUACUACCGUGUCACUGUGCCCGCUGGCAAAACAGAAUCAUGGUCGAGCACUUUUGGCUUGGUGCUGUCAUACUGAGAUUUUGAGGAGGCCUGGUCACUUCAGGUGUUGUGCCAAAGGCUUAACCACGUAGCCAUGCUUUUGAACGGCAUGUGUCAUGUGUGUAGCAAUGCUUCGCUUUUGUGAAAAGUUAUGGCAGCAUGGCAUCUAGAAUUUCCAAUCACAAAGGGUUGCAAUGCACCCUCAGGGAACUGGAAACAGGACAAGCACAGAGGAACCCCCCAACAAAG